CUGAGAAGCCAGAAAACACCCAUACUAUUGCGUUUUCCUCAUUCCACCUUAUCCCUUCCACUACCCCAUUUCUCAUCUGCAGGUAUUCUUCACAAUCUCGCACCACCACAGAACCCCAUAAUAACGCCAGAGAGAGGGUAAACUGUAUUCCCCUCAAUUUCCCCGAUCCGGUCUGACGCAGUCAAGUAGCAAACCGCUGCAGUUAGUUUCUUACUUUGCGUUAUGUGUUUAACACGUGUAAUUGUGUUUACGAUAUCUGUUAAUCAAUAAUUUAUAGUUAUAUUAGCAAAAUGGCAACAGAAAGGAAAGGAACAUUUAAAGUAGAAUAUCUUCAAAAAAUUGAAAAAGAUGUUCAAGAUAAAUGGGAAUAUGACAAAGUAUAUGAACAGGAUGCACCUUUGGAAGUUAAGAAAUCUUCAGAUGAGAAAUUUUUUGCAAAUUUUCCGUAUCCUUAUAUGAAUGGUAAACUUCAUCUUGGUCAUGUAUUUUCAUUGUCAAAAUGUGAAUUUGCAGUACGCUACAAUCGAUUAUUAGGAAAAAAAGUACUCUUUCCAUUUGGCUUCCAUGCUACUGGUAUGCCCAUUAAAGCUUGUGCUGAUAAAUUGAAAAUGGAAAUAGAAUUAUAUGGAUAUCCACCAAAAUUCCCUAAAGAAGAAAUUAUAGAAGAAGAAGUCGCAGAUACCUUGGAAAUAAAAGAUAAGAGUAAAGGAACAAAGAGUAAAGCAGUUGCAAAAACAGUUAGUGCAAAGUAUCAGUGGCAAAUUAUGCAAACCCUUGGUUUGACCCAUGAAGAAAUAAAAAAUUUUGCUGAUUCUGCAUAUUGGUUGGACUAUUUUCCACCCCUUGCUGUACAGGACUUAAAGUCAAUCGGAUUACAUGUGGAUUGGCGUAGAACAUUUAUUACAACAGAUGCAAAUCCAUUUUAUGAUUCAUUUGUACGUUGGCAAUUUCUGCACUUAAAAAGUAGAAACAAAAUAAAGUAUGGAAAAAGAUAUACAAUCUAUUCACCAAAGGAUGGACAACCUUGUAUGGAUCAUGAUAGAUCAACUGGAGAAGGAGUAGGACCACAAGAAUACACUUUGAUUAAAAUGAAGCUUCAAGAACCUUAUCCUGAAAAUUUGAAAAGUCUUUCUGGCAAAUCUGUUUACUUAGUAGCUGCAACUCUGAGACCAGAAACAAUGUAUGGUCAAACAAAUUGUUGGAUUCAUCCGGAUAUACCAUACAUUGCCUAUUCUGUGUCAAAUGGAGACAUCUAUAUAUCAACAGAGAGAGCAGCAAGAAACAUGGCCUACCAAGAUUUUUUCAAAGAAGAGGGAAAGAUACAUGUUGAACUAAAACUUAGUGGAAAAGACAUAUUAGGAUUAGCUCUCGAAGCACCUCUCACAACUAACAAAGUAAUUUAUACUUUACCAAUGUUGACUAUUAAAGAAGACAAAGGAACUGGAGUUGUUACUUCUGUUCCUAGUGAUUCCCCUGAUGAUUAUGCUGCUUUAGUAGAUCUCAAGAAGAAACAAGCUUUCAGAGAAAAGUAUGGAAUAACCGAUAAAAUGGUACUACCUUAUAAUCCUAUACCAAUUAUUGAAGUACCAGAAUUUGGUAAUCUGUCUGCAGUGACUGCAUAUGACAAAUUAAAAAUUCAGUCUCAAAAUGACAAACUUAAGUUAUUAGAAGCAAAAGAAAUGGUAUAUCUUAAAGGCUUUUAUGAUGGGAUACUACUAGUUGGUAAAUAUAAAGGAAAAAGAGUUCAAGACGUUAAAAAGCAAAUACAAAAAGAUUUAAUAAAUGAAGGAAAAGUUGUUAUAUAUUAUGAACCGGAGAAAAAAAUUAUAUCUAGAUCAAAUGACGAAUGUGUGGUAGCUUUAUGUAAUCAAUGGUAUCUGGACUAUGGUGAAGAAAGUUGGAAAAAAGAAACUGUAGAAGCUUUAAAAAAUCUUAAUACUUUCCACGAUGAAGUGAGAAGAAAUUUUAUGGCAUGCCUUGAUUGGUUACAUGAAUAUGCAUGUUCAAGAACUUAUGGACUUGGUACUAAGUUACCAUGGGAUGAGAACUGGUUAAUCGAAUCCCUUUCAGAUUCAACAAUCUACAUGGCUUAUUAUACUGUAGCACAUUUAUUGCAAGGAGGAACAUUCAAAGGAGAUAAAGAAAAUACAUAUAACAUCAAGGCUGAGGAGAUGACACCAGAAGUAUGGGACUAUAUAUUUUUCAAGGAUGCUAAGUUUCCAAAAACAAAUAUAAAGAAACAGGCACUAGAACACAUGCGACGUGAAUUCCAAUAUUGGUAUCCUUUUGAUUUAAGAGUUUCUGGGAAAGAUUUAAUCCAAAAUCAUCUCACUUUCUGUAUUUACAACCACACUGCAAUAUGGCCUAAGCAACCAGAAUUAUGGCCAAAAGGAAUACGAGCAAAUGGACAUUUAUUAUUAAACUCAGCUAAGAUGUCAAAAUCAGAAGGCAAUUUUCUAACACUUGGUGAAGCAAUAGCAAAGUUUUCAGCAGAUGGUACACGACUUAGUUUAGCUGAUUCUGGUGAUUCAGUAGAGGAUGCUAAUUUUGUUGAAAGUACAGCAGAUGCUGGAAUUCUUAGACUUUAUAAUUUCAUUGAAUGGGUUAAAGAAGUUCUGGCUUCUAAAAGUACCUUUAGGCAAGGACAAUUACGUACAUUCAAUGACAAAGUCUUUGAAAGUGAAAUCAACUUAAAAAUACGUGAGACUGGAGACAAUUAUUCAAAAAUGCUAUACAAAGAAGCAUUAAGAACAGGUUUCUUUGAAUUUCAAGCAGCGAAAGACAAGUAUCUACAAUUGAGUGCACUUGAGAAUAUAAAUUGGACAUUAAUUAUGAAAUUUAUAGAAACUCAAAUUAUUCUUUUGUCCCCUAUUUGUCCACAUGUAUCAGAAUAUGUGUGGAAACUCAUUGGCAAUGAAGGUAGCAUACUAAAUGCUAAGUGGCCACAGACAGGAGAAAUUGAUGAAAUUCUUAUAAAAUCAUCUCAGUACCUUAUGGAUGCUGCGCAUUCAUUCAGAGUUCUUUUAAAGGUUUAUAUGACACCAAAAAAAGGUCCAAAAGGAAAAAAUGAGGCAACUAUUAUAGAAAAACCUAUGGAAGGUACAAUUUGGGUAGCUAAAACGUAUCCUGCUUGGCAGAGUACUAUUUUAACUACAAUGAAAAACUUGUUUCUUAAAAAUGGCAAUAAACUUCCAGAAAAUAAGAUUAUUUCAACAGAAUUAGGAAAAAUGCAGGAAUUAAAGAAGUACAUGAAACGAGUAAUGCCAUUUGUGCAAUUAAUGAGGGAAAAGAUGGAACUUCAUGGAUUGAAUGCACUCAACUUGACAUUAGACUUUGACGAAUUCAAAAUUCUUCAAGAUAAUAAAAAAUAUCUUGAAAAUACUUUGGAUUUAGAAAAUAUUGAGAUAAAGUAUAGUAAUGAAGCUCCAGAAAAAACGAAAGAAGAAUGUUGUCCAGGCUCACCAUACAUGAAUUUCUUUAGUUCUGGUUUUUCAGUAUGUGCUAUUAAUCCGCAGAAAUGUAGUGGUUUAUUUAGAAUGACUAUAAAGAUAAUGAAUAAUGACACUGGUGCAGAUGUCAUUUCACGAAUAACGAAACAAAGCAAAUUAAUAAAGAAUUCAUUAUCUGUUUCCUUAUAUCGUUAUAACGAUCCUUACAUGGGAUCUAGAACUAAGCCAGACGCUGAUGAUAUUGUGAAAGGUAAAAUACAAAUUUCUCCUGACUCUGUAUUUAUCGUAGACAUAGAAAACAAAACCGCUAAAUUAAAAGAUGAACGGGGUGUAUACGACAUCGGUAAUGAAUUAGUAUACAUAGUGCACAAGAAUGGAAAUUAAAAUACAGGAAUUAUAAUACUUUUUCAUAUAAUACAUGUAAAUUAAAUAAUAUUAUUUAUAAUCAUACAUAUACUAUUAAAUA